AGAUAAAAAUGGCUAUAACAUCUCUAGACUCCAAAGUGAAAGAACUUAAAUACAUGCAAAACCAUCAUGAGAAGGAAAUUGGAGAUAUAAAAGAAGAUGUUUUUAAUUUGGAGAAAUACAUUAAACAACAAUUUGUAGAAUUGCACCAGUUUCUCCUAGACAAGGAACAACAACUCAUCCAGCAGCUGAAGAAUGAUGAAGCAAAUACUCUAAAACGGAUGGAAGGAAAUCUCGAGUGCAUUAAACAAGAGAUUGUUACCUACCUUGUGACAGACUCUGAUGGCAAUUUGGAAGACAAGAUUAAAGAAGAGGACAGCCUGAAAAUAAUGAAAGAAAAUGUUAAAUGUGUUGAAAAUGAUGCUAUGGCCAUUAACAGCAUUAGUCACAGUAACUGGGAGAUCAUACAACCAGAACUAGUUGGUUUGCUAACAGUACCAGAAACCUUUGAAGAUGUCACAGUUACUUUCACAGAAGAGGAAUGGAAGUUGUUAAGGAAACGAGAUAAGGAACUUUACAGACAUGUGAUGGUACAGAACUACGAAACUUGUGUUUCUGUUGGAUACAAAAUUCCUCCAGAGAAGUUAUUACGGCUAUUUAAAGCAGAUAAAGUUCCAAAGGAUAUUGUGAGAGGAAUAAAUAUCAGGAAGCAGAAGGAUAAUUUUGAAGAGAACUUCAACAGUAUGUAA